AUGCUGCUCAGUGAACGAAUAAUGCCUUCUCCACAGCGGGAGACGGCCAUGGACCGCUUGUUAAAUUCCCUCGAAGACCGUGGAAUGCAUUUGGAACAACAGGUCAGAGACGAAAAGGAAGGAGCCGCGCCUGUCCCAAAAGUGGCUCGACUUCUCCGAGAUGGGCAAGGCAAAUUCAUGUAUAUUGGGGACUCUGCGAGUCUCUCGUUCUUGCAAAGCGUUCGUCGUGUGGUGUCUUCCGCUAUCGGUCGAUGCGAAUUUACCGAAGACAAUUCGCGACACUCCAUGCUCGAGGCGUUUCAAAGUAACCCCAACAACCAGCCUGGACCCCUCAUUCCGCCUCCCAGCAAUGACGAAGCGCAGCAGCUGGCCCGGCAGUAUGUCCUGGCGACGAGCCCUUUGCUGGACCUCUUCGAUCUGGAAGAAUUUCACCCGAGAUUGGCCAAUUGGGUCGGGAAUCCAACCGGUGACGAAGACACCGUCAGCUCUAUCUUCUACCUCGUUCUCGCCAUUGGUGCUCAGGUCUCCGACAUCAACCAGACACAGGCGGAACAGUAUUUCAGCAGUGGUCGUCAAUUGGCGUUUGCCGCAUUCCAGGAAACUCCGAGUAUCCACACUAUCCAGUCCUACAUUUUAGUGUCGAUGUACAUGCUCGGUGCAUGCAGGCGAAACGGCGCUUUUAUGAACCUGGGAAUUGCUCUGCGAGCUGCUUACGCAGUCGGUAUACAUCGGAAGGAUGCGAAUGCGCUCUUCUGCGGCCGCGAACGGCGGGCGAGAGAGCGAGUGUGGAAGAGUCUCCGGAUGAUGGACUUAUUCCUCAGCGCUUCUCUAGGCCGUCCUCCAGCAACAUCAGACUACGACUAUGACAUCCGUGACGAUGUUUCCGCGUCCGUGGAUCAGCAGAGGGAUCUGACCCCGGAUCAACAGCUUUCAGCCGCCGUCACCUCGCUAUGUAGGAUUUUCGAGCGCAUUCUCACCGACGUCUACAUGAAACAAGUCAUCUCAAUCAACGUUGCCGAAGCCAUCUCAAAUCAGCACCGCGCUUGGGUGCGCACUCUACCCACGGUACUCAAAAUGCAGACGGAACCAUCCGAUAACAAACCCAUGGAAGACAGCCUUGCUGCAGCACAUGUCUUUGGGUCUUAUUAUUGGUCCAUCAUUCUCCUGACGCGGCCAUUCCUAGUUUACCGCGUGGCGCAAUAUGUCAAGAGCAAAGCUGAUCCAAAUGCUUCGUCUGAUGCGAAAAGUGGCAGCUCUCGUAUCUCCCUUUUUGCCGAUGCAUGUGUCUAUUCUGCCCUCCGAGGCCUGGACGUAGUGGACGACCUAGGCCGCUUCGAAUCUCUCCCUCGACGACUACCCUUUCUGAUUAACUCGGUCUUCAAUUCUGCCGUUGUUCUCGGUGCUGCGUUCUUUGCCGAUUAUGAUAAUCUGCUCCCCCUCGAAGAGGGCAUGAACAAAGCUGAGCGGUUCCUCGGGUUAUUCGUUCCGCACGACCCUCACGCAUGCCGCUUCUUCCAGAUCAUCAAGUAUCUUCGCGGUGCCGUGGUGGAAUACAUCCAGCGCCGCAACCGCCAAUGGAUGGAACGCCGAAGCAGACAGGUUGAUCAACUUUUCGGCCAGGUUGGCGGCAGCAGCGAACCCGGAUCUCUCCCCUCAGGUCCUGGUCGCGACAUCAUCCUGGCCAGUCCGCGGGGCCAACAUCCUCACCAGUCUCCUGCUGUCCCAUCUCCUACCUCCCCCGAUACGCUCGGCGGCUCUUUUCUCUCCGCACAGCCACAGCCCGUCGCCGGAUCCCAACAACCUGGUAGCGAUGUUUGGGAUGCACUCUGUGUCGGGCCAGAUGAAACAGGAUCUUUAUCCUAUGAUGCCGCUAUCUCCGCAUUGACCACGUCUGGGAUUCCUGUCGGCUGCUCCCCUGGCGGUACCAUUCCCUCGGGGCAGCCACCGAUCUCCGGUGGUCCCUCUCCUCUGUCCGAUAUGAUGUUCCCGGAGAAUGGCCUGCUGUAUAUGGCUGAAGAUCUCCCGGUCUUCGGCAUCUGGGACGAUUCUGAACCUUCACUAUGA